AGCAGAAUAGUGAGAUUAAAUAUGGAAAGGAGUGUAAUUUCCUAUGUAAUAUUUCUCCUACUGUGCCAAUUCCUCUAUUCAGGUUCAAGUAGGACAGAAAAGGAAGCACCUGGACAUGUGAAUGUACUAGAACAACAACAAGGGAAACAAAAAUUCACUGCCUCAAUUUCAAUUUCUACAGUGCAAAAGGAUAUUACCACUCCCAUCACUACCAUUCCCAACUUAGUUCCCACCAUCCCCACCAUUUCAACACCACCAUUCCUUAAUCCUAAUUCCAACCCUGACACAGUUUCUCCUGCCUCCACACUCCCAGUUACCACUCCAACCCCAGUGAAUUCUCCAAUUUCUUCAGGUGCAAGCUGGUGUAUUGCAAGCCCAAUUGCCUCACAGAUUGCUUUGCAAGUUGCAUUGGACUAUGCUUGUGGCUAUGGUGGUGCUGAUUGUUCAGCAAUUCAACCUGGUGGAAGCUGUUACAACCCAAAUUCUAUCCAUGACCAUGCUUCUUAUGCUUUCAAUAAGUAUUAUCAAAAGAAUCCUGUUCCAAAUAGCUGCAAUUUUGGUGGAACUGCUGUCAUCAUUAGCACUAACCCAGGCACAGGGACAUGUCAAUAUCCAUCCACUAGUACUAGUACGUCAAUCUUGAACACAACAAACUCAAGUGGUGCAAACGUUUUUGGUUCAGUGCCAGUACCCACAAGCCCCUCUCCCUCUGCUGCUGCUGACACAUUAAAUAGCUUUGCAGAUAUUUGUGUCAUUCUAUGGAUAUUAUCAACUUUGGAAAGGAAUUUUCUCUAA